AUGGCCACAAGCUCACCGGUCCUCUCCUUUCUUCUGCCCAAGAGAUGUUCCGGCCCGGUCCGGAGGGCUUCUCCCCCACCACCCGGGGCGUGGGGGGUCUCGACCGAAGGCAUUUUCGUAGCUGGCUUUCUCGCGGCCUUCCACAGGCCGCACCCUCUGCCUGGGGCCGCGGAGCAGAGGGCUGUGGGCAGGUGCGAGGCGUGUCGUCUGUCGCGCGGGUCUGGGAGGGAGGGUGACGCGUCCGCGGUGACGGAACAGAAGCCCCGAGAGCCUCGGCGCUUCCCGCCACGGCCGGGGGCCCGCGGCCGCUCGGAAGGAGGCGGCGAACGCUCCAAACCUCUGGUUCGGGGCGCAGCGUCGGCGCCCUCGGGACCCACUGGGCCGCAGCUCGCCGCCGCCGCCCACUGGCUGGUUUCUUCAGUGCAGGCUGUGUUCGCCACCGGAUCGGGGAUCGUCAUCAUCCGCUCCUGUAAAGACGUGAUCACGGACAGGCACUGGCUUGCCCGAGAGUACGUCUGGUUCUUGAUUCCAUACAUGAUCUAUGACUCCUACGCCAUGUACCUCUGCGAGUGGUACCGAGCUGGAGACCAGGGCCGCAGACAGUCCCUCACCACGUUUCAGAACUUCCUAAGUAAAAACCGCCUCAUGAUCACGCACCAUGCGGUCAUUCUGUUUGUCCUUGUGCCAGUGGCACAGACACUUAGAGGAGACCUUGGAGACUUCUUUGUUGGCUGCAUCUUCACGGCAGAACUGAGCACUCCAUUCGUGUCGCUGGGCAGAGUUCUGAUUCAGCUAAAGCAGCAGCACACCCUUCUGUACAAAGUGAACGGAAUCCUCACGCUGACCACCUUCCUCUGUUGUCGGAUCCUCCUUUUCCCUUUUAUGUACUGGUCCUACGGCCAACAGCAGGGACUGAGCCCACUCCAAGUGCCAUUCAAUAUCCCUUUCUACUGUAACGUGGCCAAUGCCUUCCUCAUCGCUCCCCAGGUCUACUGGUUCUCUCUGCUGUGCAAGAAGGCAGCACGGCUCUUUGACGCUCCCCCAGCCCGAAAGGGUGGCUAACUGCUCUCAGGAGUCAGGCGGUGAGGGUGCCUCACACUAGCUGCCUCCUCUGCGCAAUAGUCCAUGGACCAAAUUGUGCCCUGGGCGGCCUCAGCCUUUUGGGUGCUGAUAAGCGGGGGGUGGGGGGUGAGUUUUUCUAAAGAAUAUUCAUAUUACCUCCCUCUUCUAACUUGCCCCUUUUGCAAAAGCACUUUUUUCUUCGUAACAGUUAUUGGCUCCUGUCAGAUUUCUAUUGGCAGCAAGAUGGUUUUAAUGCAAGCCCAAGGAUCCUUCCUUGGGUCUUACCUCCAAAGUUCUGGGAGGUAGAAGCAUGGGGUAUGGAGACAGGUGGUAAGUGUUGGGGCACCCACCUGGCCCUAAUGAUGGUGCUUAUCCACCUUUCUGACCACUCAGGGCAGUACCCACACAUACUGGGCCAGCAGAAGCAAGGGAUGACUUGGUUCUUGACAUAAAUUCUUGUGAUAUUGGCCUGGGAAAAUCAUUGUGUGUAGGUAGUUUUGUUUUUUUUUUAUCAUUUACUAGAUAGCCCAUUGGUCCUGUGCCUCAUCCUGUCAUCCAUGUGCCAACAUUGAAUUCUUGUGUCCACUGACUUCCAUUCAGAAGUCUCCCUGGCAGCAGGGUAAGAGGCAGGGAAGGGGACCUACGGCACUCGAGUAGGCGACAAGGCCAAUUGAGCAGCACCAUGGUGGGCUGACUUGGGAAGACCAGUGCCAAAUGUGAGCUGGUUGUAAAGUCACAAGCAGGAUUCCUUUUUUUAGCACGUCACCUCAAGCCCAGCUUUCCCCGCAUCCACAUGCACAGGACGCCUUUGUUAAAAACGAUGGGGGAAAGUGAAAUGGUGCCUAUCAAGCUCUUUGCUGGGUAACCCUGCUCUUUGACAUUGUCCUUUCCCUAUGACGUGGAAACAGACUUCUGUAUUCCAAACUGUGAGAUGUUUGUCCAGGCUGCCUGGUUAGCCAGAGCUUGUGUUCCAAAGCCUGUUUUUACAUGAGUGUACCGCCACUCUGCCACAGAAGACUGGAGAGCAAGAGCACAAGACAGCCCUGGCCAAAAUACAUCCUGUGGACGGACUCCUUCACCUGCCACUUGCAGUACUGGUGCCAGUACUAAUUGCUCAUCAACUAGGAUUGUUUUUAAAAACUGCUACCAUGAAGUGGUAAAAAUCUAGAUGUUUUAAAGUGCCUUUUAAUUAAUUGUCCAUGAACUUUAAAAAAAAGUAGUACUGAGUAUGUAACGGUGCCUCAAAUUUUGACGAUUUCAGUCUUAAUGGGUGCCAUUUUAAAAAACCUAAAAUGCUGUAAUUUUUUUUGCCAUUUUUAUUAUCAGUGUAUCUUUAUAAAUCACCCCUGUGGUGAUUAAAUUGCACUAAUAUUUCCCAGCUGCUUUAUUUGUGAAAUACAUCUAUAGUGACUUCUUUCCA